AUGGGAAGCCUGAGCACUCCCAACACCGGAGAAGGCACCACUAACGCGACUCCUGCAUCCGGAGCGGCCGGGGAAACACGAGAAGGGAUCGAGGAUCACCAGAUCGACGACCUAGAGGAAAGUGAUUCCGAACCUGAACCUAAGAAAGAAGAACCCGAGAAGAUGGCAGCCGAGUCUUCCCUAACCGCCUAUCUGGAGCAGAUGUUUUCCAAGAGGUUCGACGCCAUGCAAUCCAUGGUGGAACGUCUACCAGGAGUAGCUCCCCCAAUCCAUAGGAGCAACCCCGACUCGUUCACAGAUACUCCCUUCGCGGAGGAGAUCGCCUCAGUCGAGAUGCCUCAAAAAUUUUCCUUCCCCAGCAUCAAGAUGUACGAUGGGACCGAAGACCCCGACGAUCAUAUCGCACAAUAUAAACAGAGGAUGGUAGCGGUUGUGCUCCCCAAGGAGUCUCGUGAAGCUACCAUGUGUAAAGGGUUCGGCUCCACUCUAAUUGGACCCGCCUUGCAAUGGUAUAUCAAUCUCCCUACCAGGUCCAUCUCUUCCUUUGCCGGCCUGAGCGACAAGUUUGUAGAACAAUUCGCGAGUAACAGGAGCCUGGAGAAGACUUCAGAUGGUCUCUACGAGAUCCUCCAGCAUCGAGUAGAACCCAUGCAGGACUACAUAGCCCGUUUCAAUCAAGAGAAGGUAGCGGUCCCUGAAUGUAGCAUCCCUACCGCAAUCUCUGCCUUCAAGAGAGGCCUACUUCCAGACGGAGGGCUCUACAAAGAGCUAACCAUGUACCCUUGCAAAACCAUGGACGAUGUGCUGUCCCGAGCGUGGGCACAUGUGAAGUGGGAAGAGGACGUCGCUAGCCGCGCCAAGGCUCAACCCAAACAGGAUCAGAGGUCCACCCGAUCAAACCGGGGAGACCGAGAAGAAAGAUCCUCCCAAAAGGGAUCCAAGGACUCCAGAAGUAGGAACCAGGGCACGUUCCAAUUCCGGCCAUUAGAAAAAGAAGAGGGGAUGUCUGUGUCUACCAGGCCCGAUAUCUCCCAUCUCUCAAUAUCCACACCAGAGCUGGUCAACACGCUGAGGCAGAUGGGCCAACAUGUCAAGUGGCCCCCAAAGAUGAAAGCACCUGACUCAUUCCGGAACCCGGGACUCUGGUGCGACUUCCAUCGCAAUCACGGCCACAAAACUGAAGACUGCGUCGCCCUGAAGAUCGAGGUCAACAAACUGCUCCAAAAGGGGCAUCUCCGAGAAUUCCUUUCAAAGAAAGCCAAGGCUCAUCUUAGCAAAGAAUCAUCAGAGCAAUCCAAAGGAGACGCACCAAGCUCACCACCUCACCAAGACCGGGUGAUUCAUGUCAUCUCAGAAGGCUCUGAAGUAAGUGGCGUGAAACAUGCAGCUGCGAGGAAGAGCACCCGUAAUGCUAAACACGACCUGGAUACUGCUCAACCUAAAUGCCUACUUCUAGGUACUGACGAGAUAAGCUUCACAGCCAAGGAGCAAGAGAAGAUAUUAGCUCCCCACCAUGACACGCUAGUUGUCUCUCUCACCAUAGUGAACUGUUUGGUGAAAAGUAUACUAGUAGACAAUGGGUCCUCCAACAAUAUCAUCUUCCUGACGGCGUACCAAGACCUAGGGUUGGAGGAGAAUACCCUGACGCGCAAAGUAACCCCACUCAUCGGGUUCAGUGGCAAGGUCAAGCAAACCGCUGGGGAGGUUGUUCUGCCAGUAUAUGCUGAAGGGAUCAACCUAUCUACCAAAUUCCUGGUCGUGGACUGCCAAUCGGCAUAA